AUGUUCGCUCGCCUCUUCGCUAUCGCCUCCCUCGUCGCCUUCGCUGUUGCCAACGAUGGCCAGUGCAACACCGGCAGCAUUCAGUGCUGUGAGAGUUCUACCACCGUCAGCAACUACAACGCUCAAAGCGGGCUUUCGGGUCUCCUCUCCAUUGUUACUGAUGUUGUUGGCCUCGUUGGCCUCAACUGCAGCCCCCUUUCCGUUAUCGGCCUCGGCUCUGGCUGUGAGGCUAACCAAGAGCCCUUGUGCUGCAGCAACAACCAAUAUAACGGUCUUGUUAACCUUGGUUGCAGUCCUAUCAACCUCAACCUCUAA